GCGCUUUUGCGGACGUGUCAGACCGACCUCUGAGUGUUGAGUCAGAAAAGGAAGUAAAUUGAGCCGUAAACUGGACUCCAUCUGCUCUGCACAAUCUCCCGAGGACCAAGGCUCAACAAGUUGCUUUUUUUUAAAGGAAGGUUUGAAAUUCAUGGGAGCGCACAGUUUUACCUCGGAGCGGCUUUCUUCAUUUAAAUGUAGAGUCUGUAAUCUGCCGUUGGUGCCAUAAGAGGGGAAGGGACGCCGCCGUAUCCCUGUAGACUGGACACAGUGUCAUUGAAAAGUGAAGUGAAGUGCAUGGCAGCGCCUGCAUGUGAGGAAACAUGGAAUGUGGCGCGUCAGGCUGUGAGAACCUCAUCAAGUUAAUUGCGGUAUCAGUUUUUUUUUUUUGUUUGUUUUUUUAUAAAAUAGCUUUUUUGUAAAGGAGGAAAUCUGUCUGUGUGUCUGACUGCGCUUCAGUCGCGGGUAGAUGGGUUUUCCGUCAUGGUGAAGGUGUUUUUCCCGCACGGAUACUGAAAAUGACAACGUGUGGCGGACUCAGUGAAAACAUGGGCUAGACCUGGGGUAUUCUGACUUCUUUCCCAGCCGUAUUUGUUCCCGUUUUUCCUGUGUGCAUGUGCCUGGUUGCUGGUCGAGUGCGUGUCCGUAUGAAUCAGUGCGUCUCGGAAUGAGCGCUCGUUUGUGCCUUUUUUCGUGCGUCCUUUCUGUCCGUUAACAACCCAUCCCUCCUAACAGAGUAUCGAGUGUCCUUGUCUUUCAUCCUCGGAUGAAUGUUCCCCAGUCUGACACCUUAGCGCCCAAAACAUCUCUUACAUAAUGAUAUAUGAUGAAAGGGGCAAAGACUGGGAAGGCAGCCUGGACAUAUAGGCUACACGGACAGGACACGGAGGGCCAAUGAGCGUCGAGCGCUCUUAUCUACAAUAGACCGGGAAUCCGGUGCCAAUAUGACCGGUGUCGGAGCGUUAAGGGCGACUGUGGAGCGGAGAGGGAGGGCCUCGGGCGGAGAGCAGCGUUUCAAGGACGAGGAAGGAGGACUGGCAGAGAAACAUCUGUAAGGACAAACGAGACUCUUUAAGAAAAGAGGAAAAGUGAAGCUGCUGGCGUCACAGUGAUAGGGGGGGAAGAUUUUUGUCUGGAUGGGGCUUUUUCCAAGGGCACUGAGGUAAGGAUGGCCACAUCCGCGAAAAGAGGGCGGAAGACUCCGGGAGAAUGACUGGAGACACGCUGCACUUUUCUGUCGCUUCUUCAAUUUAACAUUCAGAGCGUCACUGACUUUCUCAUCUAUGUAACCUAGACAGGUCGACAGUACUGAAUAGUUAUUCUGAGGGGUGGGGGUCACAGGUUAUAUUGAUCCUCCCCUCACACUCCUCCCCUUCCCUGAGUUGGGAUGGAUGGGGUGGCUGGAGGUGUGGGUACCCCUAGUAGCGUUGGGGGGUCCGGGGGUGACAGCCUGCCCAGGCGUAACGGAGGGGACUCGAAGAGGCGCAGUAAGGGCAGCUUGCCCUCUCCCGGCUACAGGCUGUCCCAGGCCUCGCUGGAGGGAGAAAAGGGCUCCUUUGGGGCAGAUAGCACGUCCUCAGGUGGACGCGGGCGUCGCCUCUCCAUCAUGAGCGCCUCCACCAGGGACGGCCUGCCCUUCCGUACAGCAGGCACUCCAACUACCCCGAUUCCCUUGCCGCCUCCUCCGUCCUCCUCUUUUGGCACAACCCAUCCUCCUCCGCGAUCAGUAGGCUUCGCCUCCCGUGCAGCCCUGGCCUCUACGUCCUCCACCGGGACCGGUGUCAUGGUGGUGGCCACCGGUGCAGAGACCACCACAACCACAGCAUGCAACACCAAUGCAGCAGGAACCCCUGAGAUGAUGGGUCAGUCUAGCCUGGGUGGAUUUGGCAUGGGAUUGGACGGGGAAGACUACAGCAACUCCAACCAGAGCACCUUCAUCCAGAGACAGUUUGGAGCCAUGCUUCAGCCUGGGGUCAACAAGUUUAGUCUGCGCAUGUUUGGAUCGCACAAAGCUGUGGAACAGGAACAGGAAAGACUGAAAUCAGCAGGAUCGUGGAUCAUCCACCCCUACAGUGACUUCAGAUUCUACUGGGACCUUUUGAUGUUACUGUUGAUGAUGGGAAACCUAAUCAUCCUGCCAGUGGGCAUCACGUUCUUUCGAGACGAGAACACUCCUUCAUGGAUCAUCUUUAACGUGGUCUCGGACACUCUCUUCAUGGUCGAUUUGGUCCUUAACUUCAGGACCGGCAUCGUCAAGGAAGACAACACUGAGAUAUUACUCGACCCGAGGGCGAUUCGCCAGAAAUACCUGAAGAGCUGGUUCCUCGUGGACUUUGUGUCAUCCAUCCCGGUGGAUUACAUCUUCCUAAUGGUGGACAGUCUGGACUCAGAGGUCUACAGGACGGCCAGGGCGCUGCGGAUAGUCCGCUUCACCAAAAUCCUGAGCCUGCUUCGGCUCCUGCGCCUGUCCAGGCUCAUCCGCUACAUCCACCAGUGGGAGGAGAUCUUCCAUAUGACCUAUGACCUUGCCAGUGCUAUGGUAAGGAUAGUAAAUCUAAUUGGCAUGAUGCUGCUGCUGUGCCACUGGGACGGCUGUCUCCAGUUUUUGGUCCCCAUGCUGCAGGACUUCCCUCCUGACUGCUGGGUUUCUAAGAACGUGAUGGUGAACGACACAUGGGGUGUGCAGUACUCCUAUGCUCUGUUCAAAGCCAUGAGCCACAUGUUGUGUAUCGGCUACGGUGCCCAGGCUCCCGAGGGGAUGACUGAUGUGUGGCUCACCAUGCUCAGUAUGAUUGUAGGCGCCACCUGCUAUGCCAUGUUCAUCGGCCACGCCACCGCUCUGAUCCAGUCACUAGACUCAUCGCGGCGACAGUAUCAGGAAAAGUACAAGCAGGUGGAGCAGUACAUGUCGUUCCAUAAGCUCCCGGCAGAUGUUCGGCAAAAGAUCCACGAGUACUACGAGCACCGCUUCCAGGGAAAAAUGUUCGACGAAGAGAACAUCCUGGGAGAACUUAGUGAGCCGCUAAAAGAGGAGAUAGUCAGCUUUAACUGCCGCAGCCUGGUUGCUAACAUGCCGCUGUUCGCCAACGCUGAUCCCAACUUUGUGACCGCCGUACUUACCAAGCUGCGCUUUGAAGUGUUUCAGCCAUCAGACUUCAUCAUCCGUGAGGGCACAGUUGGACGUAAGAUGUACUUUAUCCAGCACGGACGCGUCAGCGUGCUGACCCGUGGCAACAAGGAGACCAAGCUGAGUGAUGGGUCUUACUUUGGAGAGAUCUGCUUAUUGACUCGAGGACGGAGGACAGCCAGUGUCCGAGCAGACACAUAUUGCCGUUUGUACUCUCUCAGUGUGGACAGCUUCAAUGAGGUUCUGGAGGAACACCCGAUGAUGCGACGUGCCUUUGAAACUGUUGCAGCUGACCGACUGGACCGUAUUGGCAGGAAGAACUCCAUGCUCACGCGGAAGUCAUCCCAGGGCGGUUCUCUUGGUGGCAGCAUGGGUCGUGGUGGAGGCCGGGGUGGGGGGGGUCCAGGAGGUGGUGGUAUGACAGCAGGAGGUCUGGGUUCCUGUGACAGCAUGCUGGUGCAGCAGAUUGUUAAACACGACAGCAUGCCAGCCAUGCAGGAUGCCAUUGCGGCCGCUGCUGCCGCUGGAAGAAGUGGCACGGUGUCUCCUCGGCCACGCCCCGUCAUCUGGGCGCCGCUGGUCCAUGCUCCCCUGCAGACUGCGGCUGCAACAAGUAAUGUAGCCAUUGCCCUCAUGCACCAGCAGCAACAGCAACAGCAGCAGCUGCAGCAGCUGCAGCAGCAGCAGCACGCUCUUGGAGGAGCUUUUUACCUGCCCUCCCCUCUCAUCUCCCCCUCUCCCUCCUCCUCUUUCCCUCUUUCUUCUCCUCGUGCUCCUGUGUUGCAGCCCCUUCGCCCCUCUGUGAGCUCUCUCAUUGGGAUGAUGGCGAUGGGAGGAUUAGGUGGCUUGUCGCCAAGAGGAUUUCCUGUCUCCCCCUCAACCAUGGGCCCUCCUGGUGGGGUGGCAUCGCCUCCUGUUGCUAAAACUCCACCCACUUCAGCCUCCUCUGUCCCAACUUCUGUCCAACAAGGAAGGAAUCUCCAUUACAGCCUCCGACUUCAGGCAGAUCAUCCCUCAGCGAUUUCUGGAUCUCUUGGAGCCCAAACAGGAGGAGGAGGACCAGCUGCACCUCCCCACAAAACACCAGCCGCCAAUCCGCCUGCCUCCAGUGGCCCAUCAGAUGGCAACACUUCGCUUACAGCUCAGCAAGGGGCAAAAGAGGCUCUGUUACGUCAUGGAGGAAACACUUCACAGGGUCUCCCAGCACUAGGAAGACUCACCCAGGAAGCCAGGCUGCUCUCAGCCUCACAGCCCACCCUGCCUCAUCGCUCUUGGGCUGCAGUGCAGCCUCACCCUCCUCUCCAUCGGAAGGCUUCUGGCGGUAAUUUGCUAGCAGCUCCGUUUCUGGCAGGGCAAUUAGCCAGGGGAAGCAGUGCAGGCCUGCUGACCUCUAAUCCUUCAGUACAGCUGGUGACAAAUAUGGCAUUUAAUGCACAAACACAAGCACAGGGCACACUUCCUGUCCAGCCCACUAUAGCACAGACUGUAUACACACAGUCUGCAGCUCACACUGCCUCUGCUGCCACAGCUGCACACAUGCCUUCUACAUCUUCUGUGCCAGCAUCUUCCUCUCCUCCAAAGCAUACCCCGCUCUCCUCUGCCACCCCUUCCCCUGCACCCACUCCUUCAUCUCCUACACCUAUUCUUUUCCAGACUCCUCGACCGAAACCAAUCCCAAUGACCCCUUCCCGCUCCUCCUCUCCUCCUCUCUGCUCCACCCCUCCAUCGGCAGGAACAAGCCCACUGUUGCUCUCUUCAACUCCUCGUCCCAAACCGAUUCCUACACCCUCCUCCCGCUCGUCCUCUCCCUCUCCCUCUUCCACACCACCUCCAUCCUCUGUUUCUACCCCUGUUCCACUACCUCAGCCUUAUGGGACCAGAUCCUCACUCACAUCCUCUUCUCCCCCUUCCUCUUUGGUUUCAUCUUCUCCGCCCCACCCCCAGAGCCCAAGAGCGAAGGCAUCCAACACACCACCAUCUGCUUCUCCAUUGUCGGGUGCCAGCCCUGUCUUGACUCCAGUCCCUUCUCCCACUCAAACAACCCGCACCCGAACAUCUACCCCUUCCCAAACGCCUACUCAAGCCAGCACACCGGGUACCCCUACCCAGACCUUCACCCCAACACCUUCCUCAUCUCCCACCCCUCUUACAUCUGUCCCCUCCCUGAGUAAAUGCCACAGUCCAACACCUUGUCUCCAGGCCUCAGUCUCCAGCUCAGCAAGAGUCCCCACUUCAAGCCAGAUUCCUAAACAGGUCUCACCUCUCACCCCAACCCAAACUUCAACUCUGUCCCAAACACCUGCUAGCACUAACACUCCAACUAAAGUAACUUUUUCAGUUCAUCCUGUAAAGCAAACAUCUCCUGUUCUAACUCCAAGCUCCACUGCCAAACAAAUCACAUCCACAGCCUCCUGCUCAACAAUGUUAUGUCCAAACCAGAGCUCCACAAAGUCCCCCUCUCCUUCUACCCCCUCCAGCACCACCACCAACACCACUCCUUGUGUUCAGCCGGCCUCUUCUAACCCCCCAAAACAAAUACCAAGCACCAUGGCUGCCCCUACCCAGUCCUCAAAACUCAAUACACGUUCCACCCCUGUCCAGACCACACAAGCAUCCACCACUGCACCCACCCAGUCGGCACACGCAGACUCCCCUGCCAAAUCCACCUCUCCUAAAGGUGGACAAAAAGACCCUCAGCUGUCACCGGGCAGAAAAGACUCAGAGGGACUACGACACAAACUGCCCGCCAACAUGUAAAACAUAAAAAAAUUAAAAAAAAAAAAAAAAUGAGGAGGAAAACCUCAUAAAAUGUUGGACUUUGUGUUGUGGUGGGUGCCUGAAUAGCAGAGCCAUGGAUAUGCAGAGUUGUGUCAGAGUUGGCACCAGACAAGCCGUGAUCUCACGAGGACAAAUACAUGUUUGCAUUCACUCUAGGAUGUGAUUGUCUUAGAACAUCAGGUGUUCACGUGACUCACAGCCAAGCCAUCAAUCAAGGAUCCAGGAGAAAGACUUUAGGGGUCCGCAGAGGGGUUGAUAAGGCAGAGUCUAAUAAAAACAUCCAAAUGUAUACAUACAUAUCUGUGUUAGUGAUUGUUGGAGCAAGCUGGGGAGCUGAAGUGGAAAUAUGCUGCAGUGUAUCUACACAAUAAAACGGGAAGGAAACAACAUCUGGGAGUCUGGAAAAUAAAUUAGAAGCUAAUGAAAAAAAGCAAUACUUGUGAUGCAUUUUUCUCACUAAUUAAACAGGAAAUUUCCUUGACAAUAAUAAUGAAUGUGGGAAGAUAUUAAUCGUUUUCCUGUUUGAAGGAAAGUCAUGAUGACAACAUGCAGGCAAUAGAGCAGAUACUUCCUUGUUUCCAGCUCCAACUCCCUCUUGCCUCCUAUUCUUCACCAAAGUGUAAUAUUUUCUCAUCAGAAUAAUAAUAAUUAUACUGAUAUAGCGUUUAAAAAGCACUGUAAAGUCAAUAUUCAUAUGAAUUUGAAAAAUUAGGAGCAGUCCACUUGUAGUUUUGUUGUCCCAGGUGCGUGGUGUUUAGUUUUUGAACAAUACAAACCUUUUAAAUCUACAUGUUCGCUUUGACAGCUUCUGUAAAUUGUAUUUUUUUUCUUCUCUGUGUGUGUGACACACAAUACUGCUCUGCUGUGCAUUGUGGUUCACUUGAUUUCUUUCUUUCUCCACCCGUCUCCCUGUACUGUAAAUACGUGCCUCUCUGUGGGUCUGUUGUGUGCUUCCUCACUCCUCGGUCUCUUUGUCUUUCAUCUCGUGUCUGUCUAGCUGCCUUUCAUCUGAUUUCACAGCUCUGGUCGCUAACUGUUUCUUUGACGCUCACAGACUCACUCCCUUUCUCUCAGUUUGCCCGACACUUUGCUCUCUGCUGCCGUCGGCCUCAUGUUCAAUUAGCGGUUUCCUUCUUCUGUCGCCCUAUGACACUGUUUCAGCACAGUUUCCAGUGAUGUUUGAUGUUUUCUGUGGGUAGCAACAAGGCAUUUCUGUCUUAAUCCCUGAUACCAUGUUGCCUAGACGAUAUAUUUAAGGACCAAAUGUUUUAUUUUUUAUUUAUCACAGCUUUAGCUUUUGGAAAGAAAAGACGGCUAAUAGUACUGCCAAACUGAUGAUCAUGAGUGUGACACUGAGGGUGAUGAUUUUCUGCUUGUGAUAAUGAUGAUGCUGACAUGAUGAUGAUGGUGUAUAGCUGGAUGUAAGAAUAAAGUCGAUUUAGGUAUUAUCUUG